AUGCCGGUGCGCGCGGGUUCCCGAGCGUGGUCCCAGGACCUAACGGGGCGCCCCCCACCUAAGGGUACCGCUCCAGACUCCACCAGUGCGGUCUCCUCUCCCUCAGAUCCGGCAACCGCAGGGAAUGACACGGGUGCCCCCAGAACCACGGCAACGGACGGGGAGGGCGAGCCCCACAGCCGUCACCAAGACGCCCGCCUGGGCAGCACCGAUAAGGAGCUGAAGUCAAGAGCCACCGCGGCGGACAGCGUCCGGACAGCGUCGGGGACCCCUCGGCAGCGGGGGCCACGGGCCGAGGUCAUGGAUGCAGCGGGCGGCUCCCGGAACCCGCUCCCAAGGCCCUGCCACGUGCUGGUGCUGUUAAAUCCGCGCGGGGGCAAGGGCAAAGCCCUGCAGCUCUUCUGGAGCCACGUGCAGCCGCUGCUGGCCCAGGCCGACGUCUCCUUCACGCUGAUGCUCACUGAGCGGCGGAACCACGCCCGGGAGCUGGUGCGCGCCGAGGACCUGCGACGCUGGGACGCGCUGGUGGUCAUGUCCGGAGACGGGCUGAUCCACGAGGUGGUGAACGGGCUCAUGGAGCGGCCUGACUGGGAGACCGCCAUCCAGAAGCCCCUGUGUAGCCUUCCAGCCGGCUCUGGCAAUGCGAUGGCCGCUUCUUUGAACCAUUACGCCGGGUACGAGCAGGUGACGAACGAAGACCUCCUGACCAACUGCACCCAGCUGCUGUGCCGCCGGCUGCUGGCGCCCAUGGACCUGCUAUCCCUGCAGACCGCCUGCGGGCAGCGCCUCUUCUCCGUGCUCAGCCUGGCGUGGGGUUUCAUCGCCGACGUGGAUCUGGAGAGCGAGAAGUUUCGGCGGCUGGGCGAGAUGCGCUUCACUCUGGGCACCUGCCUGCGCCUGGCGGCCCUGCGCACCUACCGGGGCAGCCUGGCCUACCUGCCCGCAGAAACGCUGGCCUCCAGGGGGGCACCCUCCCCGGCUCGGGCCCCGCAGGGCCCCGCGGACACCCACGUGGUGCCGCUGGAGCAGCCAGUGCCCCCUCACUGGACGGUGGUGCCCGAGCAGGACUUUGUGCUGGUGUUGGCGCUCCUGCACUCCCACCUGGCCAGUGAGCUUUUCACCGCCCCCAUGGGCCGCUGUUCGGCCGGCGCCAUGCACCUGUUCUACGUGCGCGCCGGCGUGUCCCGGGCCACGCUGCUGCGCCUCUUCCUGGCCAUGGAGAAAGGCAGGCACAUGGAGUACCACUGCCCCCACCUGGUGUACGUGCCCGUGGUCGCCUUCCGCCUGGAGCCCAAGGACGGCAAGGGUGUGUUUGCUGUGGAUGGGGAACUACUGAUCAGCGGGGCUGUCCAGGGCCAGGUUCUCCCCAACUACUUCUGGAUGGUCAGUGGCUGCAGGGAGUCCCCACCCUCUCUGAAACCGCAGCCCUCCCCCCGCAGGAAGUCUCAGCAGAGGCCGCCCCCAGCAGAGCGCCGGUGA